UACGUUACGAAUUUGUUACGGCUGGGCGACAAGUUGCAUACCAAAUCUAUAUCGUUUUGGAAAAUACCAGUUUAAUUAAUACGUUUACAUAAUAUCAAAUAUACUGAAAUGGUGAUAGUAAAGAAUUAAUACUUAUUUGGUGUGAAAUUUAAGUGAAACUAAGCGCACUGGUUUUAAAGUAAAUAUUUCAAGCUGUUUCAAGAUUGAUUUUUUAUUUUGUUUAUCCCAAAGUGGCUUAUUGAUAAAAUUGCUAAUAGUUAUCACAUCUCGCGUGACGUGGCUCGUUGUUGACAAAAAUUUGGAUAUGCGAAAUGUGAAUUAGAAAAAAAUUGAGUGAUGGAUGAAAGCAAUCGUAAAUCUCCUUGUAAGGAAUGCAACAGUGCGGGUGAGGCACAGUUGCAUGCAGAAGUGGCAAACCUUCGGCAACAUGUUGCAGACAAAGAUGCGCACAUUGUAGGUAUUGAAGCGGAGUUUGUAAAGUGCACCGCUAGAGCUGACGAUUUAGAGGAGCAGGUUGACACCUGGAGAGAGAAGUAUGAAAGACUGUAUGAUUCACAUAAAAGAGUACAGAAAUUGAAUCAAGUUUUGGAAGACAAGUUGCUGCAGAUGGUUGACAAGAUGAAGAGUGAAAAGAGUCAGUUGACAAAAGAUAUAGCUACACUUUCUGUGAGAUUAGCCGAGUCUAAGCAUAACUACAGUAUGCUGCAGAAAGAAAAUGAAAGGUACAAAAAUGACAUGAACUUAGCCAUCCAGUUGCUACAAUGUAAACCUGAUAAUUUUGUGUCUCAGAAACUAGAUAAUCUCCCUGUAGACACUCAAGCAAGAGUUUCCCAAUAUGUUAUGUCCAAGACAUCGAAACCGCCAAGUUCUAGUCAAUCUAAAACUGGCAAUGAUUUGGAUACCUUCGAUGCUAGUGAAUAUGAGUUCAAUAUAUCUGCAUCUCUUAUGUCUAAAAUAUUAGAAGACAGCAUCCAAGAUACGCUAACAAAACACUGUGAUACAUGCACUUGUACUAAAUCACAAAGCAAACCAUUCUGUUACAAUGAAAGUUACUAUUCAGUGUCGACGCAAACACCAUUGUCCGGUGAAAUGAAGAAUUCUCUCUGUUUGAACUGCAACUCUGAGAUAAAGUCUUUGAAAUCAAAUGUUAGCAUGCGGAGUGUAUCUCCACAUGCCAUUAAACUCUUAAACGAGAAGACUAACCUCGCACUUGGCAUGUAUAUAGUGCCGCAGACAGUGGAAACUGAAAGCAACAAAAAUGGAAUAGAAAAACCUGUAUCUAACAAUAUUGUUGAACAACCUCCAAUGGAAACUAAUCCAAUAGUUUGUACUAUAGAAAAGGAAGCUAUUAAAGUGAUAGAAGAAGAAUUGAAACAUUUAAAGAAAAAUAAUAUGAAUAUGGAACCUUCGGUCCAUCAUAAGCUAUGCGAUAGAACGAAGACUUCGAUAUCUAGCAAGAAAAGUAGUGUUCAUAGCAUCGCUGCUGAAGAUCUACUUAAAGAUAAAGUUAUUGAUAAAGAUGCAAAAUCGAACAACCAAAUACAAGCAGCCGAAACUACCAGUAUUCGAAAGAAUUCUCAAAGUUCUAUGGGAGGAGUGAGUCGAACAUCUUCUGUGGCAAAGUCUACAGUUAGCACACAUAAAUCAAACACUCAAGUGGGUCCAGGACCUAGAUUUUGUCACUUACGUAUGCAAGCCGGAUCUAAAAAUAUACUAUUGGAUAAUGCGGAACCAGAUGUCCCGCCAGUAUUGUAUAGACGACAAAGCAAAUGUACCGAAAAUUCCAUUUUCAAAGAUCUAAAUGAUGGUAUGGAGAAUUUUAUUGACUUAGUGAAAACAGACGAUGACUACAAAAUUGUAGUUAAUAAUGAAAGUGUUGUAGUCGAAACUACUCUAAUCGAUGUUCAUGUAGAUAAUAAUAAUAAAGAUUCAGAAAGUUCCAUUAAAACGAAUUCCAUCAAUCCAAUUCUAUUGAACGUGUCUUCAUCGCCUUUGCAACCAUUAAAAACACAUAAUUUCUCAAAUAGCUCGGAACACAACAAUAAUAAUACACAAAGUAUCACCAGUCAGCAAAAUCAAACCGAUGUUGAUAAUCUAUUGAACGAUUUUAAUGUCGACAACGCUAUGCAAAACAACAAUGCUGAAACUGGAACAGAGAAAAAAUUUGAUUUCGUAAACUCCACUGAUAAUGAAGACAUAAAAAUAUUCAAUUUCGAUCAUUAUGAACAAACUAAAGCCGGUCAGUUUUCUAGACCGCUAAAAAAAAUCGACAUGUCACAAUUGCAUUCCAUUGAAAAUACAAAGAUAUCCAAAGAUUACCCACCGAUAGGAAACGUAUCAAGUUUAGAUAAAAAAGAUCAGGCAAAUGUCAAACAGAAGUCAUCAUUGCCGGCUAUCGUCAACGUUUAUCCCAAUCUGACGCAAACGCAUUUAAAAGUAAACGAGAGUACUAAAGUAUUUACAAACGAACAGAGCACGAGUUCUUUGUCCAGCGACGAUAGUGCUGCGUUACUGCAAAAGCAACAGUUACUAAGAGUUGCAGAAUGGGUCGAGAAAAACUUGGAACAACAGAACAGUUUCAACGAUCCAUUAGAGGACGAAUGCUUUGUUAAUCGGAACAUCAGAAGGGAUAGUAAACUGAGUAGACUUACUGAGACAUUGAACGAACUCGCUCUCAACAUGCCACAUCCUGUGAGCAAAUUUUCAAAACCAUUCUCACGAGAUGCCCACAACAGUUGGAUUCAUACACAUCAGAAUACUAACCAAGAGAAAGAUAAAGUUACAAAAAUAACCGGCAAUGUUGUUAAAGAAACAAUAUUUCCAGUCGAAAGUGGUGAUGUGACCGUUACUGAAAUAAAUGUGGGUAGUACAGAAAGAGAUAUGAACAAUUAUAAACUGGGCAAUGAUUUAGCAGGGAGUUUAAAGUCUAACGAUAAAGAGAUAUCGGCGGAAGAUUUGGCGAGAAUGGAAUAUAAUGUGAAGAAGUUUUUAUUGAGCGGGCCGCAGUGGGCCAGCCCUGCCUCCGCCGCCAGGAGCCGUCGGACGAGCAGCAAAACUGAGACUGACGUAUAGUUUCACAUUCCAUAUUAUGAAGGCUAAGGCUAAGUCGCUCGCUGAUUCUAUCAGUAUUUGUAAGAGCUUUUAAAUCAGAUAAUUGCUUACAUUUGAGGCUACAUGUGAAAGUAUAUUGUGUCGCUUUAAGAGAGGGUACUCUUAAAAUUUAUAUCUUGAAAUGGACUGAAGUUAGAUGUAAGUGGGUUUAAUGAUUAAUGCUAAAGAUUUUUGCUAUAAAAUCAAAACUUGAUAUCAUAGAUAGGUUCAAACGUAUUUAACUUCACUUUAUAAAACGGCCCAUUUUGGUAGCACCCUGUGUAUUUUAAUUUCAAGAACUCAACAUUCCAAACAUAAGAAACUGUAAAAGUUAUUAAAUAAAAUAACUAAUUUUAAACCAUAUUAGUUCCUGUUCGCACGGGCGGUUUUAAAACGCGCGCGGUCAUACGAACGUAUUAAAAUCACUCUUGUUCCGGUCUAGAGUUCAAAAUGCAACACAGCGCAAUUUAAUUACGUCGCGUUGUAAAAGUUUUACGUAUUCACAGUUACAUGAGAUGCAUUUGUUCUAUUUAAAUGCUUUUAACGCGCGUUAAAAAAGCGCCCGUGUGAAUCGUUGCAAAAGGCGUUUUUUCAAAUAAUUUAAAUAUUUUUGUGUACUCGCUUUUAUUGACGGGCCAUCGUGAUUUUUAUUUUUAAUGAACAUGUUAUGAUUUUUAUUCUUACUUUAUAUUUUUUUAUCGAAUUUAAACCCUAGUCACAUAUUUUCAUAUGGUUUAUGAAUCGUAGUUUUUAUAUUUUACUUAUUUGUCACACACCAUUUUACGCAAAACCAAAAGCUGCCACUUGCUAUUUUAGACUUAGAUUAGGAUCGCAAUUAUAUACAAAAAAAACAAAGUAUUAAUUCGGACAAAUAUGCAUUAAAGUUUCUAUUAAUGUGAUAAAUACAAAGUAUAAAUUAGCUUUCACUUGUGUACAAAAUUGUUUAAGCACAUAAUCUAUUCAGCAGCUAGUACAUAAAAAUAUACAGUUUUCUUGUCAAAUGUAUUCCAAAGUCUUUGACUCAUUCCACUUAAGUACGGCUAAAUACGGAAUCCGUCGAUUGAGAAUUAGUACUCAAAAGUAUUUUAAAAUUAGUCGUAAGUUAUUUACUGCUAUGCAUUUAUAACUUUACGAGAUAAAAGCUGAUAUCUAAAAUUUUUCUCCAUACAUAUACCUCAAAGUUUUUCAAAAUUUAAAACUAUCCAGUAGUUUUUGAGUUAUUCUUUAAAAAAAUCUAUUUAAACUCGGUAAUUUUUGUCUCGAACUCUGAUAUUUUUCAAAAUUUUGGGUUAUUACAAACAUUUUUGGCGUCCAACACAAUUUUCAGAUCUAAGUAAUCAGUUUUCAUCACGUAAGGUUAUUGAACUGUGCUUUUGCUGCGUCUGCUAAAUAAAUUAAGUACGAGUGUGCAAAAUGAUGUCCUCUUGAAUGGAAUAUAUUUUUAAAUGUAGUCUAGAUAGGCUAAUUGAAAUGUUAGUACGUACGGAAUGCAAAGCUAAUUUUGGUGUGUUUAUAAUGUUAAAUUCUUGCACAAUUUUAUGUCUUAAUGUUAGUGAUCGUCUCCACAAGAUUUAUAUCAGGGGUGUCCAAAUUUAGGUAUUUUUUUCGCUAAUGAUUUAAGUCAGUUUUACAAUGCUCUUGUGUUUGAAAGUCUUUAGGAGUUAAAUCCGCCUUUUAGUAUCAACGUUAAUAAUGAAGUAAAUCGAAACCGAUACAGACUCUAGUUUGGACACCAUUGAAAUAUGAAGCAUAUUACGUAUUGAUAGCAAAUAAUGUGAAACAAAUUAAUUUUAUCACGAACUUGUGAUAGUUUAUUUUUUUAUUUUUCAAAUUAUCAACUUGUGACAAUAUUUUGUGAUGUUUUAAUCGUAUUUAUUUUUUUUUUUCGGUUAUUGUGUCUUUGAACGUUGUUAUUUUUGUGUUAGUGUUAUAUAAGUCAUAGAUCUGCUUCCCGAAGUGUAAGAAAGCUAGGGCUGGCCCUAUGUAAUGAAGCUUCAGCGUACAUUGUAAACGUGUUUAUUUAUUAAAUACAUGGUGACAUAAU